AUAGGAUCAUGAAUACAUGUAUAGAUGUCUGUGUAGAUGUUUUUUUUCCUUCCAGUUUCUGCCUGUAGGUGGCACCAGAGUAAUUCAGAUGACAGCAUUACAGUCAUGUGACUGCUGGGCCUACUCAUGCCACAUUUAACAGCAGCUGUGUAAGAGGCAAUGCUGUGACGAAAUCUCCGGCAUGUCCUUGGGGCGCCCUCCCCCCGGCUGCAGGCGCCCAGGAGCGGAGGGGGUGCUGGACGAGAUCCGUGUCGCUCUGCUGGAGUGCAAGGUGUGCUUCGAGAGCUUCAGCGUGCAGCGGACGGAGCGGAGGCCCCGCAGUCUCCUCUGCGGCCAUGUUCUGUGUGCAGCCUGCGUCGCCGCCCUCUCUAACCCCGUCCUGCGGAGCCUGGAGUGCCCCUUCUGCAGGAAGGCCUGCAGCGUGUGCCACACGUCGGAUUGCCUUCCCCUGGCCGAGCUCUCGGAGCUGCUGCACAGGAGCUCGAGGCUCCCCCCCAACCUCCCUGUGAGCAGAGAUGCCUCCAGACCAGGGGGCCUGGCUGCGGGGGCCCUGCGCCUACACUCUGCCUUCGGGGGGUGGGGAAAGCUGCUGAACCCCACUGGGGUCGCCAUCUCUGAGGCGGCGGGGGCCAUUGUGGUGGUGCACGACGGCCAACAACGAGUGGUACUUUUCAGAGCCCGGGGCGAGGAGCUGCAGAAGUUCGGUCAGAAAUCAGGCUCCAGAAAGCAGGCUGAGGAGAUACUCCACCCCCUGGAUGUGGCAGUGGGGCCUGACGGGCACGUAGUGGUGACUGACGGCGGAGACGGUGCUGUGAAGGUGUUCACGCCAGAGGGACGCCUCGUGGUGGCAGUGCGGGAUUCCUUCCGGCUGCCGUGGGGCGUGACUGUAGACGGGGGCGGCCGCAUGCUGGUGACGGAUGCCGAAGCAGACACGCUCUCCCAGUUAGCAGUGGACUUCGCCCGCAGCCGGACUCUGCUCAACCGGGUGGCUUGUGCUGACCUGCAGUGUCCCAGAUCGGUGGCUUGCUGUCCAGCUACAGGGAAGGUGAUGGUGGUGGAGCACAUGGGGGAUCUGGCGGAGGGGCGGAGGAGCCGCAGGCCUGUGCGAUUCAGCCUGUUCAGCGGGGAGCUCGUUCUCCUCUCCAGGAUCGACAGCUUCGGCCUCAGCCUCCCAUCUCCGCUGCGGCUUCGCAUCUCCGCUGUGGCUUUCGACAUGCAUGGGAAUGUGAUCGUGGCAGAUGUGGAACAGGCGUCGAUUUGGAGUUUGGGGACGUCCCACGGUUCGCCAUCCCUCAUACCCCUGGUCAGCCAGGGUCUGCUGUGUCCCCAAGGACUGGCGGUCACUUCUCAGAACAUGCUGGUCGUCUUAGACAGUGGCGACCAUGCGGUGAAAAUCUUCUCAGCCAGCUCUGACCCCAACUCCCCCCGGCAAUGACAACCCUACGAUGUGGACUUGAGGUUUGGGCAAAUCUCCAGUCUCCUCACUCAGGUGCACCUCACAUCUGCAGCACUGAUUCUGUUCCGUACACUUCGAUUGUUGGUAUGUUUUAAUUCAGCCGGUCGCUUGUCUAAUGUACACUGCUAUUCCACUGCGUUCACCACUGGAUGUGUUGCUAAUACGUCUGCUAAUGAUACUCUGUAGUUCCAGACACAUCUGCUAACACCUGAGGACAUCCAGGUACAUCUGUGCUGUGGGACGCAGUGGUCAGCAGCCAUUCAUAAUUCACUGAAUGAAAAUGUCACAGGAAAAUCAAUGUACAGUGCUAUGGUUGCAUAACAGUGUUCAAAUUUGUGGAGUAUUAUUUAAAAAUAAAAUUAAAGUGGCAAAUGUAUGUG